AUGGUGUGGUCGUCUCUGGAGAAGUGGAAAGCAACAACCUGGAUGUGGAAGUUACUGAGUCAGAAUUGGAAACUGAAGAAAAAAGAAUGGAGGAGAAAUCCACAAAGGAAUUGGACAGCAACAUUUUGGAUGUAUCAUCCGAUUAUCCAAGAGAGAAACAUAUUUCAAUUCAAAGACAUCUUACUGAUCUGCUGAAACUAGCUGACCUGAAAGAAGAAGAAAAGAAGCCUUGUCCAUUGUGUCCUGAGGAGCAAUACAAAGCUUGCUAUAGCCACAAACUCUAUCGUCACCUUCAGAAUUUCCACUGGAAAGUUUCUGUUGAGUUUGAAGGGUACAGAAUGUGCAUCUGCUACUUACCUUGUCGUUCAGUAAAACCAAAUCUUGUUGGAGACCAGACAUUUUCAAAGAUGGGAGCCCAUUACCAUUGUAUCAUCUGUUCAGCAACUAUCACACGAAGAACUGACAUGAUAGGUCAUAUUAAUCGUCAUGUGAAUAAAGGAGAAACUGAAUCAAGGUUUAUUACAGGUAGGNNNNCUUCUCGUGAAGUGCUGAAAGAGUCAGCCACAGAUGUGCAGGUUCUUCCCAACUACUCCACGCCUCAGAAAACAGAUUCCUAUUUUAAUCCAAAAAUGAAACUCAACAGGCAAUUGAUAUUCUGUGCGCUCGCCGUUCUAGCUGAGGAACGUAAACCCAUAGAAUGUCUGGAUGCUUUUGGUGCCACUGGCAUAAUGGGAUUACAAUGGGCAAAGCAUCUGGGAAGUUGUGUGAAAGUUACAAUCAAUGAUUGUAAUGAAAAUUCCGUAACACUGAUUCGGGAAAACUGCCAUUUAAACAAAAUGAGGGUGAAACUGAACACUAAGGAAGAUGAUGAUGAAGCUAUGGGAGAUGGAGAAGAAAACACUGACACCAUUGAGGUGACAAAAAUGGAUGCCAACGUGAUAAUGCAUCUGAGAUCAUUUGAUUUUAUGUAA